UUGAGGUGUCAGCCCACUCAAGCAGAAGCAGUUCACAAGAAGAAAGGAAGGAAAGCUAACCACCAAGAUGAGCAGAAGCCCAGAAAGGAUUUCUUCCUACCGCCGCCAUUUCGAGGACAGCAGCAGCAGCUCUGCCUUGUACCAGAUGAGAGUAUCCAGCCCCUCUCCACCACGGGCCAGGGAGGCCCGGCACCGCUCUGCCAGCUACACUCGGAGCUCUGCCACCAGGCGCACUGCAGAAGUGGGGAGGAGAACAACCUCGUCUACCCGCAGACCUCAUAUUGCCAGCAUGGGGGCAAUCUGUCUGGGUGUUGGCAUUGGGCCAGCUAUGGAUCUAGAAACAGCUGCUGCCGCAAACCAGGAAUUCCUUAGCACGAGGACCAGCGAGAGGAAGGAGAUGGUCGUUCUGAACGACAGACUGGCAGUCUACAUUGAGAAGGUUCGAACAUUAGAACAACAAAACAAACUUCUGGAAUCGGAGAUCGAGGCUCUCCAUAACCGCUACAUCAAACCAUCGGGUCUGAGGCUACUCUACGAAGAACAACUCCGAGAACUGAAGAAGAUUGCUGAGCAAAUGAAAGUCCAAAGGGACAUGGCUGUGGCCGCAAAGGAAGCUAUGGCAGGACAGUUAGAGAUGAUCAAAGCCAAGUAUGAAGAGGCCCUUGAAGCCAGAAAGAAAGCCGAACUGGAAAUCGAAACUUUACGCCCUGAUGUCGAUGCUGCCACAGCUGCACGAAUUGCUCUGGAAAAACAGCUGGAAAAUCUGGAAGUGGAACUCGAAUUUCUUCAAAGGGUGCACAACGAGGAAAUCGAAGAGCUAAUGAAGCAGAUAUAUAACGCAGCUGCUUCAGUCAGUAUUGCUUUCUCCAUCCCCGAUCUGGCAUCCACUCUGAAACAGAUUCAAGCUGAAUAUGAAGAUAUCGCGGCCAAAAACCUACAGGAAAUGGACGAUUGGUAUAAAACGAAGUUUGCUGAUCUAAACGGCACUUCCACUAAACGCUUAGAAAAAACCAGACACUUGAGACAAGAAAUUACAGACUGUAAAAGAAACAUUCAGGGCAAAGAGAGAGAAGUGGAAAGCUUGAAAAACAAAAACGCUGCUUUGGAAAUGCAAAUCAAGGAAGCGCAAGAAAAAUACAAGAAAGAGAUUGAAGACCUAGAGGAAAAGAUACUUAAGCUUAAGAUGGACCUCAAAACUACUAAAGAGAAAAUUGCCCUCCACCUUCGUGAAUAUCAGGAUCUACUGAAUAUUAAAAUGGCUCUUGAUAUUGAGAUUACCACAUACAGGAAACUUAUUGAAGGUGAAGAUUCAAGGCUGAGCACCAUGACGAGAAGCAUGGGUAUAAUGAGUGGACGCUUCGGACUCUGCGGAAUGGGACACGGCGAUCGACAAGGCCUUGGACACGGGCAAAUCGGUGCUCUUGAGAGCAUUUCCAAAGAACAGGCGGUGGAGACGACUGAGAGAAAAACUGUACUCAUCAGAACAGUUAAAACCGAUGAGGAUAAGGUACUUAAAGACACUCAAGAGAGGACAAUAACCAUUACUGGUGCUGGGGACGACACCGACGAGGACUAAGUCAUGGAGUUUCUACCAAAUAAUACAAAUAAAUAACAUAGCCUGAAGAAUUUGUGAAUUAAUAUUUCUAACAAUAAGUGCUUUAAAACUAUAAUAUACUGAAUGUUCUGGACUGGUGUCUUGCAAAUGUACCUUACAGUGCCUUGGCUUGUGUGAACAGAAAUAAAGUUAUCAAAAAUC